UUGAAACAAGAAGAAAAAAAAAUAAUAAAUUAACAUCAUCAGUUAAUGGCGUCAGUGGCUGCGUGGCUACCGUUUGCCCGUGCCGCUGCAAUCGGCUGGGUACCGAUAGCCAGUAAUCCAUUACCAGCACCACCGGUCACUGGCCGUACAAGACGUGAUGAUGAAGAAAAAUUCGUCAUUAAUGUGUCAGGCCGUCGUUUUGAGACGUGGCGAAAAACUGUUGAAAAAUAUCCGGAUACAUUAUUAGGCUCAAAUGAACGAGAAUUUUUCUAUGAUGAACAAAGGCGUGAAUAUUUUUUUGAUCGUGAUCCCGAUCUAUUCCGUCAUAUACUCAAUUAUUAUCGAACGGGUAAAUUACAUUAUCCACGACAUGAAUGUCUGAUGAGCUAUGAUGAGGAGCUAGCAUUUUUUGGCAUCAUUCCGGAUGUUAUUGGUGAUUGUUGUUAUGAAGAUUAUCGAGAUCGUAAAAGAGAGAAUGCUGAACGUAUGAUGGAUGAUCGGAUGGAAGAAUCCGAAACAAUGAUGAGAGAUGCCACUAAAGGUUCAAUACGACAACAAAUGUGGCGUGCAUUCGAAAAUCCACAUACAUCAACAGCUGCAUUAGUAUUCUAUUAUGUGACUGGUUUUUUCAUUGCUGUAUCGGUCGUUGCAAACGUUGUUGAAACGGUACCAUGUACGCAUAAAGAAGGCAAUCCUGAAUCGAAAGUAUCGUGUGGUGAUACAUUUAAAGUAGCGUUCUUCUGUUUGGAUACUGCCUGCGUGAUGAUAUUCUCAUGCGAAUAUAUGUUACGUUUGUAUGCUGCACCGUUACGUUGUAAAUUUAUGCGAAGCGUCAUGAGCGUCAUCGAUGUUGUUGCCAUUAUGCCAUAUUAUAUUGGUCUAUUUAUCAAAGAUAAUGAUGAUGUUUCUGGCGCAUUCGUCACCCUGAGAGUAUUUCGUGUUUUUCGUAUAUUUAAAUUUUCACGUCAUUCACAAGGAUUACGUAUCCUUGGCUAUACGCUUAAAAGUUGUGCAUCAGAAUUAGGUUUCUUAGUAUUUUCAUUGGCGAUGGCUAUCAUCAUAUUCGCCACCGUGAUGUUUUAUGCCGAAAAGAAUGUGACCAAAACAACAUUUACUAGCAUUCCAGCUGCAUUCUGGUAUACUAUUGUUACGAUGACUACGUUAGGCUAUGGUGACAUGGUACCGGCAACAAUUACUGGUAAAAUUGUUGGUGGCGUUUGUUCAUUGAGCGGUGUAUUGGUCAUUGCCUUACCAGUACCCGUAAUUGUAUCAAAUUUUUCACGUAUUUAUCAUCAAAAUCAACGUGCUGAUAAACGAAAAGCUCAAAAGAAAGCACGAAUGGCUCGUAUACGAAUUGCCAAAGCUACAAGCGGUGCAGCAUUUCUUAGUAAAAAGAAAGAAACAGAGGCUCGUUUGGCUGCACAGGAAAAUAAUUCAAAUGAAAAUGGAGCCACAUCUGAAGAUAUAUUCGAGCUUCAACAUCAUCAUCUAUUACAAUGUCUGGAACGUACAACUGAUCGAGAAUUUGUCGAGCUUGAUGCACCAUUUAAUGGUCAACCAAAUCGAUUAUCCUCGACACCGCCAAUAUCUCCAGUGACUUCAAUAGCAAUUGUGCCAACUAAAAAUUCAUUUCGACGAUUUUUAGGCUCUUGUUGUAAAAAGAGUGGUGAAAAUUAUGAGAAACAUGAUGCUAUCGAACAAGAAGAAUUAAGUCCAUUAUCAACAAAUAAUAAUAAUAAUCCUAAUAUGGAAGAUUCAAGUGAAUCUAGUGGUAAAUUAAAACAACAACAACAACACCAGUCAAACGUAUCCAUUUGGAUCAACAUCUGCCAAUGAAA